AUGAGAUUUUUCACUGGUUUCCCAAACUGGAGUACAUUUUUGGCUGUCUUUAAUUAUUUGAAUCCACGAGAUGAAGGGGAAAACAUAGCCUACUGGCUCAGUCAAACGUUUCUGUUCUAGCGGCAUUCCAUGAUGAAUCAGAGGGAGAACCGUCAAGAAAACUGGGCAGACCAAGAAACUUGAGGCCAAUUGAUGAAUAUUUUGCUGUUAUGUGCAGACUCAGACAAGGCCUACCUGAAGAACAUCUUGCACAUCUUUUGAAAGUUUCAUUGUCUACAGUAAGUCGGGUUUUUAUUACCUGGCUUAAUUUUAUGUACCUAAGGUUAGGGCAAAUCAAUAUUUGGCCCUCUAGAACAGCUAUUGACAAAACUAUGCCGGAGGAUUUUAAGAAAAAAAAUUCAUCGACCAGAGUUAUUAAUGACUGCACGGAAGUUAGGUGCCAGAUGCCAAGUAGUCUACAACUGAAUGGUGAAUUGUUCAGUAAUUACAAACACCGUACAACCCUUAAAGGUCUAAUUGGAAUCAGCCCCGGAGGUGCCAUAACCUUUAUAAGUCAACUCUACACAGGAAGCAUUUCAGAUCGGGAGAUAGUCGCGAGAAGUAGUUUCCUUGAUUUGCCUUUUGAAGACAAUGACUCAGUCAUGGCAGACAAAGGGUUUACCAUUCAAGAUCUGUUACCAAUGGGAGUUUCUUUCAACAUUCCCCCUUUUCUAGGAAGUUCUAGCCAAAUGCCUGCUGAGGAUGUUGUGAAGACUCAAGAAAUUGCCAGCUUGCGCCUACAUGUAGAAUGUGCAAUCAACAAGAUACAAAAUUUCCACAUUUGGGAUGGGGUUAUACCCCUCCACCAGCUU